AAAUCCCACCAACCAUUCAUUCUUCCAUAUAAACAUCGCUUCACUUGGCUUUUCUAGAACACAACCAAAUCCCAUCAAUAGUAUUUAAUUACUUCUAUACAUUUGCAAACUAAACAUCUCCCAUUUCCUUUAAUCUUCUCUGCAAGCCUGCUCAAAAUGAAGAAAUUUGAGCUGGUUUUCAUACCAAUACCGGGGUCUGGUCACCUUGCUUCCAUGUUUGAGAUGGCAAAUUCUCUCCUCGCUCGAGAUCAUCGUCUCGCUGUCACAAUGAUUGCCAUUAAGCUUCCCCUUGAUGCCAAAGUUAAUGAAUAUAUUCAAUCCCUUUAUGCACAAUCUCUUACCAACAACUCCAUAAAAUUCAUUAUCCUUCCUGAAUUACCACCUCCUCCAAAUGAUGAGAACAAAAUAUUUUUUGAAGUAGUUCUUGAAAGCUACAAACCCCAUGUCAAACAAGCUCUUAUCUCCUUUCUUACUACCUCCACCAACCAUCUUGUUGGAUUCGUGUUGGACUCAUUCUGCUUAACCAUGGUUGAUGUAGCUAAUGAAUUUAAGGUCCCUUCUUAUGUGUACUACACUUCUAGUGCUGCCUAUCUUGCUUUUAGUUUGCAUCUUGAACAACUCUACACACAAGAUAAUAGUAGUAAUGAGGUAAUUCAACAAUCGAAGGAUUCAAAUGUAAAUUUUAGUGUAUCAAGUUUAGUGAAUCAAGUUCCUAGUAAAGUCAUUCCUAGUGUCUUCUUUAUUAAUAAUUUUGCUGUUUGGUUUCAUGAACAAGCUAAAAGAAUUAGAUUUGAUGUAAAAGGUGUUCUUAUCAAUACAUUUGAUGAGCUAGAAUCACAUGUGAUAUCUUCUUUGUCAACUGACUCCUCUUUGCAACUCCCACCUUUAUAUCCUGUUGGACCUAUUUUGCACUUGAACAAGAACACUGAGACUAUGGAUGAUAGAGUUGUGUUGAAGUGGCUUGAUGAUCAACCACUUCAAUUAGUGGUGUUUUUGUGCUUUGGAAGUAGGGGAGCUUUCCAGAAGGAUCAGGUGGAGGAGAUCGCACGAGCGCUUGAGAGAAGUAGAGUUCGUUUCGUUUGGUCUCUUCGACGACCAUCAGGAGAUGUGUUUCAAUCAUCAAUCGACUAUACAAACUUCGAAGACAUCUUACCUGAGGGAUUUCUUGAUCGAACAAAGAACAUUGGAAGAGUCAUGAAAUGGGCAAAGAACAUUGGAAGAGUCAUGAAAUGGGCACCACAAGUGGAGAUAUUAGGCCAUCCAACCAUAGGUGGGUUCGUGUCACAUUGUGGGUUGAACUCGACGUUGGAAAGUUUGUGGUAUGGCAUUCCGAUGGCAACAUGGCCAAUGUAUGCAGAGCAACAAUUCAACGCAUUUGAGCUGGUUGUAGAAUUGGGAUUGGCCGUGGAGAUCACUAUAGACUAUCAAAAUGAUCUUAAAGAACUAGACAAGCCAAGAAUAUUGAGUGCAGAAGAGAUAGAGAAAGGUAUUAGAAAGUUGAUGGACGACAACAAUAAUGAGAUUAGAAAGAAAGUGAAAAAAAAAAGUGAAGAAUGCAGAAAAAGUGUAAUAGAAGGUGGAUCCUCUUUCAUCUCAUUAGGAAAAUUUAUUGAUGAUGUUUUAAUCAACUCUCCAAGAGGAGCAAACUAAGGGUGUAGUAAGCAGUGACAAAUCGAAAAGUUAUAACUUGGUUAUGGAGGAGGCUAGAAACUAGAUUUACCACUGGACCUAGCUAAUUGUAAAGAACAUAAAGAUAAGGAGGAUUUGAGCUCCCUCGGAUCUAUAGUAUAUGCACCGAUGUCAAUAGAAUAGUAGUUUAAUUUUAUUUGACAAAUUUUUGGGUACAUCCAAUGCUCCACCCAAUUAUUUGUUUGGAAUGACGUCUCUUAGUAUUUUUCCUUUUGUUUCCAUUGAAUAUUGUUUACCUUUUUCUAUUUCUUUGUUGGAAUGAGAUUCAUAAAUAUCAUUGCAAUUCAA